GGUCCCGGAGGCUGAGGUGGCGUCCGAGCCGCUGUCGCCACCGCCACCGCUCGCCAUGGGCCCGGGGCCCCGGCUGCUGCUCCCUCUCGCGCUUUGCGUGGGGCUCGGCGCGCUCGCGCCUUCUGCGGGGGCCUCGGGCGUCAGCAGGCGAGGCCCCACCGUGACGGCCAAGGUCUUCUUCGAUGUGAGGAUUGGAGACAAAGAUGUUGGCAGAAUUGUGAUUGGCCUCUUUGGAAAGGUUGUGCCCAAGACUGUGGAAAAUUUUGUCGCGCUCGCAACAGGGGAGAAAGGAUACGGCUAUAAAGGAAGCAAAUUUCAUCGCGUCAUCAAAGAUUUCAUGAUUCAAGGAGGAGACUUCACGAGUGGGGACGGCACCGGCGGUAUAAGUAUUUAUGGUGAGACAUUUCCAGAUGAGAACUUCAGACUGAAGCAUUAUGGCAUUGGGUGGGUCAGCAUGGCCAACGCUGGGCCUGAUACCAACGGUUCUCAGUUCUUCAUCACCUUGACCAAGCCCACCUGGUUGGAUGGCAAACAUGUGGUAUUUGGAAAAGUCAUUGAUGGAAUGACCGUGGUCCACUCCAUAGAACUCCAGGCAACUGAUGGCCAUGACCGUCCGCUCACCACCUGCUCCAUCAUCAACAGCGGCAAGAUAGACGUGAAGACCCCCUUUGUGGUUGAGGUCGCUGACUGGUGAUACAACGGGCAGAAAACGAGAAACACACUCUGGCAGGGAUGUGUGUGUGUGCGUGUGUGUCUUUUAAUUCUCCAAAGUUACUGUUUUGCUUUGUUUCCUCACUUCUGUGUUUCACCCCCGAUCACAGGAAAGUUCAGAACAUCAACCACUCCGUGUUUAGUUUGCAUGAAUUGUGGUAAAUCACUUGUUUAGGGACUUGGCACUUAAAAGACCUAUGCCCUUCCUCCAGUGGUGCUAUUUUUAAACUAGAAAACUUUGUAUUGUCUGUUUUCUUUUGAAGAACACAAUCAUUAUUUUGCUGAAUUAACUGUGAUGCCCAAGUUGAGUGACGCUGAAGAUUUGUCUGAAGAAGACUGGGGACGUAAAGUUUGUUAUUUUGUAUUCAAACAAAUUCUUUGCAGGUAAAGGGAGAUUUGAUGAGUGUAAUCUGUAAUCUGAUAUAUGUCAUAGGGACUUUUACCUGAUAAAAGGUGCUUUUGUGUUCUCUAUAUUAAAUGCUUUUUAUAUCG